AUGGCAUUCCUCUUCAUCAAGCAGAAACUCUUCCCUACAAAGGAAACAGACAAAAUACACUCAGGCAAGCGCCUCCUCGCCCACAGUGACGACGAUGAUACCAUCCAUGGGGACUCCAAUCAAGAUCUCGAGUCCCAAAGCAGCCGCUCCUAUGACACCUUCGGACGGUGCAACAGCCCGGACGAAUCAACAACAACAACCGCCAGCAACAGCAGCAGCACCCGCUCGCGAAUCAACCCACGCAUCGUGUCAGAUGCCAUCCUCGGCCUCUCAGACGGGCUGACAGUGCCCUUCGCGCUGAGCGCAGGUCUUUCUGCACUCGGAAACACAAAAGUGGUAGUGCUGGGUGGACUGGCGGAGCUGGCAGCUGGUGCCAUCUCCAUGGGACUUGGUGGAUACGUCGGUGCAAAGAGUGAAGCUGAAUCAUAUCAAACAACAGUCCGUGAAACACAACAUUUGAUCCAAACGGACUCACAAGAGACUCGUGCCAUGGUGCACGAGACCUUCUCUCCAUACGGGCUCUCAGAAUCGGCGGUUGCGGAUAUCACGCGUGACCUGCAUGCGUCUCAAGACCGUCUCCUUGAGUUCCUGCUUGCUUUCCAUCAUCGAGAGAUGGCGCCUGACUGUAACCAGGCGUGGACUUCGGCCAUCACUCUCGCCCUGGGUUAUUUUAUUGGCGGGUUCAUUCCGCUUAUUCCGUACUUCAUUGUCGAGCGGAUUACGAUUGCGCUGUACUGGAGUAUUGGUGUUAUGGCCAUUACCUUGCUUGUGUUUGGAUAUGUUAAGACCUGUGUUGUACGCGGCUGGUCUGGCCGGGCAAAUGUGCAGGCUGCGAUCUGGGGCGGAGUACAGAUGUGCUGUGUUGGAGGUGUCGCUGCUGGUGCGGCCAUUGGAUUGGUUCAGUUCAUUGAUAUGGGCAGUGCCAAUACUUGA